AUGAACAGCAACGACAACCGAUCUGCUUCCAAGGCUGCCGACGCCGCCGAGACUGGCUCCAUCUCCACCAUGAGCUCAGCUGCAUCAUACGUGAAGAGCGGGCAAGAGAACAAGAGCUCAACCCGCAACGGCACCAAAUUUUCAGUCCAAGACAUCAAGGACAAGGCUCUCAAGUCACAGAUCAAGUUCGCUUAA